GCUCUGGGGUGCGCGAGGCACGAAAAACGCGCGAGGGUGCGACGACUCUUUAACGGUUGACGAUGUAAAUGUCCAGUUUUCCCAGCUCACAAUUAUCAGACGCAUCCCUCCGGUCACUGAGUACAGCGAGACGCGCCGAGUGGAGAGUGAACUGAGCUGUAAGGCGACAGGAAUGGACAUUAAAGACCAAGGAGCGCAAAUGGAGCCUCUUCUUCCGCCGGUUCAGAGCCCUGUGAGCAGUGAAGGGAGAAAUGAUGAGGAGGCAGUGUUGGACAGAGGCGGCACCCGCUCAAUGCUCAACACCAACUUUGAGAAAGAGGAGUUGGAAGGCCACCGCACUCUGUACAUCGGAGUGCAUGUUCCUCUAGGUCGGAGAUCACAUAGACGACACCGUCACCAUGGACACCGUCACAGGAAGAGGUCACGAGAGAGAGACUCAGGAACUGAGGACGGCAGGGAAUCUCCCUCAUAUACGGACACUCCGUCUCAGAGGGUGCAGUUUCUGUUGGGGAUGGAAGACGAGGAUGAGGAGCACAUACCUCACGCACUCUUUACUGAGCUGGAUGAGAUCUGUCUGAGGGAGGGAGAGGAUGCUGAGUGGAAAGAGACUGCUAGAUGGCUGAAGUUUGAGGAGGAUGUAGAGGAUGGAGGGGAGAGGUGGAGUAAGCCCUAUGUAGCCACACUCUCUCUGCACAGCCUGUUUGAACUGCGUAGCUGUAUCCUAAAUGGCAUCGUCAUGCUGGACAUGAGAGCUAACUCACUAGAGGAGAUUGCAGACAUGGUACUAGACCAGCACGAGACGUCGGUUGCUGUGGGAGAGGAGGUGCGCAGGAAGAUCCGCAAUGCUCUUCUCAAACAGCACCACCAUCAGAACCAGAAAAAACUAGCCAAUCGCAUUCCCAUUGUGAGGUCUUUUGCCGACAUCGGAAAGAAGCAGUCUGAACCUCACUCAAUGGAUAAGAACGGUCAAAUGGUGUCUCCUCAGUCACAGCCCUCCUGCACAGAGGCUCGAAGUGAUGGCAGUCGAGAGAACAGUGCAGUGGACUUUAGUAAGAUAGAUCUCCAUUUCAUGAAGAAGAUCCCUCCAGGGGCAGAGGCCUCAAAUAUCCUUGUUGGUGAACUGGAGUUCCUAGAGAAGCCGGUUGUGGCCUUUGUGCGUCUCUCCCCUGCUGUGCUCCUCAACGGUCUGGCUGAAGUUCCCAUCACCACAAGGUUUCUGUUUAUACUGCUGGGGCCUCUGGGGAAAGGGCCACAGUAUCAUGAGAUUGGGCGCUCCAUUGCUACGCUCAUGACAGACGAGGUGUUCCAUGAUGUGGCAUAUAAGGCAAAAGACCGCAGUGACCUGGUUGCUGGCAUUGAUGAGUUUUUGGAUCAAGUGACAGUGCUGCCACCAGGAGAAUGGGACCCCACCAUCAGAAUAGAACCGCCCAAAAACGUGCCCUCUCAGGAGAAGAGGAAAAUUCCUCCCUUGCCUAAUGGAGUGACUGAUCUAGGAGAGGCAGAGGCACAUGGAGGCCAUGGAGGACCUGAAUUACAGCGCACAGGAAAGUUUUUUGGAGGCUUUUUUUUGGAUAUAAAGCGCAAGGCUCCACACUACCUGUCUGACUACACCGAUGCCAUCAGCCUGCAGUGUCUGGCAUCCUUCCUCUUCUUGUACUGCGCCUGCAUGUCUCCCGUCAUCACUUUUGGAGGCCUGUUAGGAGAAGCCACCGAGGGUCGCAUAAGCGCAAUAGAGUCUCUGUUCGGUGCCUCUAUGACUGGGAUAGCGUACUCUCUGUUUGCUGGACAGCCUCUCACUAUACUGGGCAGCACCGGGCCUGUCCUGGUCUUUGAGAAGAUCCUUUUCAAAUUCUGCAAGGAAUAUGGCCUGUCCUACCUCUCCUUGCGUGUGUGUAUUGGGCUGUGGACAGCUUUCUUCUGUCUGCUGCUGGUUGCCACAGAUGCUAGCUCACUAGUGUGUUACAUCACGCGGUUCACGGAGGAAGCCUUUGCCGCACUCAUCUGCAUCAUCUUUAUCUAUGAGGCUUUGGAGAAGCUGGUGCAUCUGGGAGAGAUAUACCCUUUUAACAUGCACAGUGACCUCAACAAGCUCACACAGUACUCCUGUGUGUGCACAGAGCCAAAAGAACCUAGUAACGCCACUUUGCGUUAUUGGCAGGAGAAGAACAUUACCAGCUCUGAAGUCGACUGGUUAGGCCUGGAUGUCAAGGGUUGUGUGCAGCACAGGGGAGAAUUUCAGGGCAGUGCUUGUGGCCAUCAUGGCCCUUACAUCCCUGAUGUGCUCUUUUGGUCUGUCAUCCUCUUCUUCUCCACUGUUGCCAUGUCCUCCUUCCUUAAGGAGUUCAAGACCAGCCGCUACUUCCCCACAAAGGUACGGCAAAUCAUCAGUGACUUUGCAGUCUUCAUCACCAUCGUCUCUAUGGUGGGAAUCGACUAUGCUCUGGGAGUUCCUUCUCCCAAACUGCAAGUCCCCAAUGAGUUUAAACCAACUAGAGAUGAUCGUGGCUGGAUCGUCAGCCCUCUGGGACCAAACCCAUGGUGGACAAUAAUCAUCACCUUCAUCCCAGCACUCCUCUGCACUAUCCUUAUCUUCAUGGAUCAGCAGAUCACUGCUGUCAUCAUCAACAGGAAGGAACACAAAUUAAAGAAAGGCUGUGGGUACCAUCUGGAUCUGUUUGUGGUGGGCGUGAUGCUGGGGGUGUGCUCAGUAAUGGGCCUGCCUUGGUUUGUAGCUGCCACAGUUUUGUCCAUCUCACACGUGAACAGCCUGAAGCUGGAGUCAGAGUGCUCAGCCCCAGGAGAGCAGCCCAAGUUCCUAGGCAUCAGGGAGCAGCGCUUUACUGGUCUUAUGAUCUUCGUCCUCAUGGGCUGCUCUGUCUUCAUGACCUCAGUUCUAAAGUUUAUUCCAAUGCCUGUGUUGUAUGGAGUUUUCUUGUACAUGGGAGCGUCCUCUCUCAGGGGGAUACAAUUCUUUGACCGUCUGAAAUUGUUUGGGAUGCCAGCAAAACACCAGCCUGACUUUAUCUACCUGAGGCAUGUUCCUCUGAGGAAGGUCCAUCUUUUUACCAUCAUUCAGCUCAGCUGCCUGAUCCUUCUUUGGGUCAUCAAAACCUCCAGAGCUGCCAUUGUUUUCCCCAUGAUGGUGUUAGCUCUGGUGUUCAUCCGUAAGCUCCUGGACUUCAUCUUCACUAAGAGGGAGCUCAGCUGGCUUGAUGACCUCAUGCCUGAGAGCAAGAAGAAGAAACUAGAAGAUGCACAACAAGAGGAGAAUCAGAGUGUGAUGGUGGAAGAUGAGGGGAUUGUGCAGGUGCCACUUGAAGGACAUUACAAAGAUGACCCCUCAACAGUCAACAUUUCAGAUGAAAUGACCAAGACUUCUUUUGGAAAUGUCUGGAAAAGCCUCAACACAGACGAUGGCAAAAAAGAUCAAAGCGCAAAAAGCUCCCUUUCCUAACCUCUCAGCAGCCGACUCUCCUAAGUUCUCCAGUGGAAGACAUCAGAAGACCUGAGAAACCUGAGGAGUUCAAGGACAGGGACCUGGAUAGGGAAACGAGCUUGUGACGUUUCAAUAGCGUCAUUUUGCUUUUUGAACACAACAUAAAAGUAUUGUGCCACAGUAUAGCACCACUCUGUGUUUCACUGUAUGUCACUUAUGUUUGUGUGUGCCAGUCUGUGCUCAGGCACUUGCGUAACAUUACAUCUUUUAUAUGUACGUGUGUUCAGAGUGUUUGGAAACGUAUGUAUGCCAAGGAGAGGAGUGUGAGUUAUCUUUAUCCAUUUUGAUGAUCCGAUCCUGUGUCACCUUUAGGAAUUUUACAUUUUUGAAGUUACUUUUGUUUUAAAAUAGUUGUAUUUUGUAUGUUUUGUAUUUUUGGACAGUAGAUUACUAUCCUUUUCAAAAUCCUUGUCUUACAGCAUGAAAGAUACGAAUUGAUCUAUAACAGUAUUUAAAGAAUUUUCAUUAAAACCUCAUUAACACUUAGGAUAAGCAUUGUAACUAAAUGUAUUAUUAUUAUUAUUACAGUUGAAAUCAAAGUUUUAAAAAAGGCUAAAUCUAAUAUUCAUUAAAAAAUUAUUUUCUGAGACGAAAUACGUCGAUAUCAAGUAAUUACAGUUCAUGUUAAUAACUGUGUAACGUCUGUCUUUGUGAAUAUGUUGAAAAAUGAAACCAAGAAUUUCGUUUACCACAUUUUUUUAAAGGUAUGUUGACCGAUUUCUUUGUAAUACCUUCCACAAUAAUGGUGACCAAUAUUUUUAAAAGUACUUUUAUGAAAUACUACUGUAUGUUGUAUUUUGUGAUUUUUCUUGUUUUUUUAGAUUAAUGGUCUAAAAUACUAAACAUAAUACUUUACACGUUUUGAACACCACGUAGGAGCUGAUGCUGCAUUAACAUGCAAAUACUGAGUAAACCUAUAUUUUGUUUAAACACUGCUAACUAGCACAAUAUUUAGUUAUAUAUCUGCAUUUUGCUCUUUUCACACUGGUUUAGUUUUCUGUAAAGCCAUCAUGUUGACGCUAAGAGGAACUUUCAUGUCCUGACCAAACUGAUUACAUAACUGUGCAGGCAAGAGUCAUACAGACGAGAUGCAAUAAUCCUUUUCAUAAGAGGGGCAUUAUAUCAUGUGUUAACUAGAGACAAAUGACUAUCAUCUGUACAUGCAAGUAUGUAUUUUGUUCACAUGUAAUAUGUAAUAUAUAAGAAAGUGUCUAUUUAGUGUAUAGAUAGAACUAAAGUAGGGUGGGAGAGAGUGAAUGUGUUGAUGUCAAUACUACUAUAAUGUCACUUGCCAUUUUCCUUUGUUUUGCCAUUUUUUUUUAAAGUUUUGUUUAAAUAUUGUCACUCACUUAUGAAAAGAAUCUGUGCAAAUUGGAGUUAACUGUAAUUAGUUAAAUUACUACAAAUUCAGCCUCAUGUAUUUAUUCAUUAAAGAUGUAUAUGUAUCGUUA